AUGCCGCCCUCAUUGGUGGCCAACAGGGUCUCCCUCCGGGAGCUGGCUGACCUGGCAAUUGGCACUCCAGAGGUGGGCGCGGUGAACUUUACGGCCUUGCACACACUGAUAGUGUCCAUUCUCAAGAGCCUCAACCUCCAAGAAGUACUUAUCGACUUCCACUACCCAUCGGCUGAGACUGGCCGCGGAGCUGAGUCGCUGCAUGGCACCCACAGCGCCCCGCAUUUGUCAACCAGCAAAGAGAAGCACCGAAGUCUACCGAGGCUGUCCCAGACUCCGCAAGAGCUGGAAAACCAGGUGAAGGACUUGGGUAGCCAGGUACAGGACCUCACCAAACAGUUUAAAACUAUGGACAAUAAAGUGCAGGGCAUGGCCACACAAAUAGACCAGAUCUCCGUCCCUGAACUCCAGCAGCAGGAAGAGGAGAUGGCUCUGGUGACCCAACAGAUAUCCCUAACAAAGUUCUCCAAGAUCUAUGAAUCUGAGGAGAUGAUGGAGAAGCCUGAGCCCCCAGUCAAGAUGCCCACCCAGAUGGUCCAACUAAAGCCCUCAAGGACUCCCAGCCUGACCAAGUCCACGAGUGUGCUCCAAGACCUCAUAGAAGAUGUGAAGAUUCUGAAGCAGGCUCCUGAGCUGCAGCCUGGCACAGACCAACAUUUGGUGCCUCCUGGUGUGGGUCAGCCUAGCUUGAUUCAGCCUGGUGCAUUUCCACUUAGUUUGGCGCAACUUGGUGCAGAUCAGCAAGGUCUAAUACAAACAGACACAGGGCAGCCUGUUUGGGUUCAACCAAGCACAGAUCAGGGUGGCUGGGUACAGCCUGGUGCAUAUCUGCCCGGUCGGGUACAUCCUAGUGUAGAUCAACGUGGUUUAGUACAAGUUGGAAUGGAUCAGCAGGAGCUGAAACAGCCUGGCGCAGUUCAGCACGGACUGGUGCAGCCAGGUGCAUAUGCACCUGGGUUGAUGCAAGUUGGUACAAGUCAGGAUGGUUUAUUUCAACCUGGAAUGGAUCAGCUUCUGCCUGGCAUGGUCCAACCAGACGGAGUUCAGCCUGGCGUGUUGCAACCAGGUGGAGUUCAGCCUGGUGUGCUGCAACCAGAUAGAAUUCAGUCUGGUGUGUUGCAACCAGGUGCAGCUCAGCCUGGCAUGGUCCAGCCGGGUGCAGCUCAGCCUGGCUUGGUCACACCAGGUGCAACUCAGCCUGGCUUGGUCCAGCCAGGUGCAGCUCAGCCUGGUAUGGUCACGCCGGGUGCAACUCAGCCUGGCUUGGUCCAGCCGGGUGCAGCUCAGCCUGGCAUGGUCCAGCCGGGUGCAGCUCAGCCUGGCAUGGUCCAGCCGGUUCCAGUUCAGCUUGGCAUGGUUCUGCCGGUUCCAGUUCAGCCUGGUGUGCUGCAAGCAGGUGCAGUUCAGCCUGGUGUGCUGCAAGCAGGUGCAGUUCAGCCUGGUGUGCUGCAAGCAGGUGCAGUUCAGCCUGGUGUGUUGCAAGCAGGUGCAGUUCAGCCUGGUGUGUUGCAAGCAGGUGCAGUUCAGCCUGGCGUGUUGCAAGCAGGUGCAGUUCAGCCUGGCAUGGUCCAGCCAGGUGCAGUUCAGCCUGGUGUGUUGCAACCAGGUGCAGUUCAGCGUGGCCUGGUCCAGCCUGAUGAGAGUGGUUUAGCCCAAGGUGGGAUGGCUCAGCAGGGUGUGGCACAACCUGGCAAGGCCCGGCAGGGUGUGGCACAACCUGGCAAGGCCCGGCAGGGUGUGGCACACCCUGGCUUGGCACAACCUGGAGCACCUAGUGCAGACAAGUUUGGCUUGGCACAGCCUAUAGUGGACCAGAGUGAUUUUAUGCAGCCUGGCAUGGACAAACGUGGCUUGGUACAACCUAGAAUGUACCAGUAUGGUUUUGUGGAACCUUCUGAUCUUCAGCGUGACUUCUUGCAACCCAAAGGGGUUCCGCCUAGGCUAGAGCACCCUGCCGUGGAUCAGGGUAGUCUGCUGCAGGCUGGACUGGCUCAGCCUAGGAUGGUGCAGCCUAUCACGGAUCAGAGAGGCCUGGUGCAGCCUAUCACGGAUCAGAGAGGCCAGGUGCAGCCUGGAACUCUUCAGCCCAGGCAGGUGCAGCCUGGUACAAUGCAGCGAGGCCUGGUGCAGACUCUCCUGGGUCAGUAUGGCCUGAUGCAGCCAGUUCAAAAAGCCAAGAAAAAGUCAGUUGAAGUUCAGUACGACACAGAAGAGGCUGGCCUGCCUGAACAAGUACAAAGAGUUGAGGCGGAUACCCAGGUCUCUUGGGAGCUAGACUCGGCUGCCCAAACUGCCCCAGAACAAGUUAUCAUCGACUCCAGGACUCAAGAAUCCUGGAACUAUCUCCAGCAGUUCUCAUCAGAGUCACUGGCUCCAAACUUCCCCAUGGCGGUGGAAACAUUUCGCCUGAUCGGGGAGCUCAUCUCCCUUUAUUUAGGACUGAAGGAACAGUUGAAAGACUUGGACGAGGAUCUGGCUGGCCAGACUGAAUUCGAGAAGAUCCAGUACCUGAUCUCAAUGAUAGUCAAAAAGACCAUAUCCCAGGAUCUGGCAGAGCAGCUGAAGAGCCUAAAGAUGUUGAACAAGGAAGUUCGGCAGGACAAGGCAAAACUGGAGAAGAUACAGAAGUUUCUGGACAGUGCUGCUGACACCACCGGAGGGAAGGAAGUGAAACCUAACCAUCUGAGCUUGCAGCUGGGCAUCCUCAGAGUCACCGUGUCUGACAUCGAGAAGGAGCUGAAUGAGCUGAGAGAGAGCCAGGACCGAGGCAAGGCCACCAUGGAGAACUCCGUCUCUGAGGCAUCUCUUUACCUGCAGGAUCAGCUGGACAAGCUCAGAACCAUCAUUGAGAGCAUGCUGAGCUCCUCCUCCACGCUGCUGUCCAUGAGCAUCACCCCACACAAGUCCACUGCCGGCCUAGUGCCCGGCCAGAUUGACCCCGAGGCCACCUGUCCCGCCUGCAGUCUGGAUGUGAGCCAUCAAGUCAGUCUGCUGGUCCAGCGCUAUGAGCAGCUACAGGACAUGGUCAGUGGCCUCGCUGCCUCCAGACCCUCCAAGAAGGCCAAGCUUCAGGGCCAGGAUGAGGAGCUGCUGGGCCACGUGCAGAGUGCCAUCCUACAAGUCCAGGGCGACUGUGAGAAGCUCAACAUUACCACGAGCAACCUCAUCGAGGACCAUCGGCAGAAGCAGAAAGACAUUGAAGUGCUGUAUCAGGGGAUAGAAAGGCUGGAUAAGGAAAAGGCCAACAGAGAGCACCUGGAGAUGGAGAUUGACGAGAAAGCCGACAAGAGCGCUCUGGCAUCCAAAGUGAGCCGGAUCCAGUUUGAUGCUACAACAGAACAGCUGAACCACAUGAUGCAGGAGCUGGUGGCCAAGAUGAGUGGACAGGAGCAAGACUGGCAGAAACUUCUGGAUAAACUCCUGGCGGAGAUGGACAGCAAGCUGGACCGCCUGGAGCUGGACCCGUUGAAGCAGAUGCUGGAGGAUCGCUGGAAAUCACUUCGGCAGCAGCUCAAAGAGCGCUCUCCACUCUACCAGGCUGACGAGGCAGCUGCCAUGCGGAGGCAGCUCUUGGCUCAUUUCCACUGCUUGUCCUGUGACCGUCCCUUGGAGACAACUGUGACUGGACAAGUCAUCUCUAUGACCCCCAUAAUUUCGAGCAUGCCAGGGCACCGUUCCGUCCGACCUUACACUGUGUUUGAACUAGAGCAGAUCCGACAGCAGAGCAGAAGCCUGAAGCUGGGCAGCAGCUUCCCUCGGGGCGAUGUGUCACAGAUGGAGAGGAGCGUGGGGCGCCUGCACAGCAUGCACUCCAAGAUGCUGAUGGACAUCGAGAAGGUGCAGAUCCACUUUGGAGGCUCUGUGAAGGCCAGCAGCCAGAUGAUCCGAGAGCUGCUACACACCCAGUGCCUCAGCCACCCGUGCUACAAACGGGGAGCAGACACAGCCGAUUACACCUACUCGACUGUACCCCGUCGCUGUGGGGGCAGCCACACCCUCACCUACCCUUACCGGCGAAACCGCCCGCAGCACCUGUCUCCACUGGAAGAGAUCCAGAUCGCCAUGAAGCAUGAUGAGGUCGACAUCUUGGGCCUCGAUGGACACAUCUACAAGGGACGGAUGGAUACACGGUUGCCAGGCAUCCUAGGGAAAGAUGCCCCAGGAGUGGCAAAACACAACAAGGCUAAGCUCCAGCAGCUGCAGCAGCUGCAACAGCUCCAGGAGCUGCAGCAGCUGCAGCAGGCCCAGCAGGCCCAGCAUGCCCGGCCCCACGUGCACAGGCAGCCAAGCAUGGGCAACAUGAGCUCGCCACCCUCGCGGCCUCAGAGUGCACAGAUGCUAGCAGACAGCAAUGCAGUUCCUUCAGGGCAAAAGAAAGACCGACCAGUCUCCUCUGAGGGGCGUCUCCUGCAGUCGAACUUGAGCCACUCAUCCAUCCCUACAGACAUGGCCAGUCUGCAGGGUAGCCAAUCCGGGCUGAACAUGCACAUUGACGUGCCUCCCGGGGAGGGGCUGGAGGAGCCCACCCGGGGACCACGGUCCACCACUGCUCACUGAACAGAGGCAUUAUUUAAAUAAA